AUGCAUCAGCACCGCUCGCCGGCGGUCCCAUCGUCGGCUCCAGCGCCUAAAUUCCCCUCCAAGCCCAAAUCAGUCCGGAAUGACCUGAGAGAAUCGGAAUCAAUACCAACAUCCCCCACUGCCGACAUCAGAGCAAAUCAGACAAAGGGCUUGGGCAUAGAUGCUGGAACAGGCUCUUCAGAGCAGACAAAGGGGGCAGCUCCAAGCCGGGAAGCUUUGGCGAAGCUGGCCCAGAUCAUCUCGAAUUACCACACAAAAGCAGCUUUGAUUAUUCUUCAAUCUCGUGUUGAGCUUCCACCGUCUAUCAAAGAGGGGACACGAACCCCAAGAGUGAACCGAUGGUUCAACGUCGAGUUGGACGACACCGAUGUCUUGCGAGAACCACUACGGGCAUGGAGAUUGUGUGACGCCACGGAGAAUCGUCCGCCACCCCUCAUUAUCGAAACAUUCUUAGAUACCAAGGGCCUUACCAACAAUCAAAGCUUGGUGGUGCUAGAUGAAGGUGGAAAGCGAUGGGAUGUCCGUGAAUCCCUCGCAGCUGCUAGGGCUCAUUCCUCUAAACAGUACCAGGCGAAUUGUGAUGAAAUCGUCUUGGAACGGUGGAAGAUAGAGUUGGGGGAUUCCUCUAGCAGACCCCCCGCCGAUCUGGGCUCUAUCUUGCCGACCGUGUAUAAGAAAAGUAUUGUGCUGUUCCGAUCUCUAUUCACCUACUCUAAGUUCCUGCCCGCUUGGAAGUUCUCCAAACGAAACACAAAUGGGCGAAGAAGCCCUGCUUUGCAGAUACAAUACCGGGUGGUAGAAGGGGAUUCUAGUGAUGCAUCUUUGGAUCACCUGUCAACUCCACUGUAUGAAGGGAAUGAUAAAGUGGUAGACUCCUACUGCUUUGGAGUUACCGAGUCUCCGGCAGGUCCAUUUUCAAUCGAAGUCUCUUACCGGACUAACUGUGAUUUCCGAGUCGAUGAUUCUGAGGCCAUACUGAGUUCACGGUUCCUAGGGGCCGAUGAUGAGAUCUUCCGACCUUCACUCCCAUCGGAUGAUGUCCACCGGAUAAACCCCGAAGUUGGAUCGGUUCCAGUCGAGAGACGACUUGUAGAAAAUCCCGAUUGCACGCGGGCGUAUGGGAGUCUAUCGACCUUUCAUCAAGUUGGUCCGGCGAAUGGUGCAAGUCCAAUUUCAGCACUGCGUGCCGUGAGAGAUGCCGGUGCUGAGUCGCCCUCACCGACUGAUUCAAGCUUGAAGAAAUUGCUGCCCGCCGCAAAAGUUGGACCUCUAGCAGGCAGACCUGCACGGCUUGCAAGUGAGAGUGGAGGAUCAAACUUUGCUCGGCGUCCCUCCGUCUCAUUUCAACCCUUCAAAUCUCCUCCCCUGUCGGCGUCCCCGGCAUUAGUCGAUACCCCUCUAGGUGUGUCUCCACGAACCGCUUCUGCACGGUGCUCUACUGGAACAUCUGUCGACUCGCGUAUUAUGCCCCCGCCGUCUACAGCUGCCUCGGCACGUAGGCAAACUGCCAUCGCUUCAGAGCAAGUUAUCUCUUCUUCGAAUUCUGCCUCGCCAAAGCCCGCACCAAUAUCACGAUACAGCAGUUCUUUUAGCCAUCGGCGAAACCGACCAUCUUCUGCGGGGACAAUCAAGAUCGAUGAUGACAACUCUAGCGGAAAGGCCAGUGCAACAUCAUCCAAUGUCCAACCUGGCUCUGGUCUGCUUGCAGAGGCCACUGGAACGAGUGCAGAGUCGAUCCAUGCAGAUGAUGAGAAUAUCUCAGAAUUUCUGAAGUUUCUAGACCAGAAGAAAGAUCUGAUGAAUAAAUCAUCUAGCACCGCCUCACAAGAUUCUGCGGCCCAGAAACCUGCCGUUACUUCUGUCACGCUUGCGCGCUUUCAACGCAUGCGUGACUCAAACGCUGCACUUUCGGAGUCAAUGCUACAAUCUACGCAGCUUCAUCGCUCAUCCACGCCCUCCAGCAAGCAACUCUCUGGGGUCCCGCCAAUGGUUGCUGGUACUUCCAUAUCGACCGCUUCGUCUCCUGGAAAGCCGAUUUCACCUCAUACGCCUCACACGCCCGCCAUUAGAUCCCGCCUGAGCUCUAACAGCGUUGUCGAUGAUAUUAAUAGUGAGCUCGAUCGCCGAGGGCCACCCAUUGAACACGACUCCCCUCUUGAGGAGGAAAAGACCACACUUGAAAACACACAAGGAGGUGCCUCUACUGCGGCUGCUAUCGACAUUCCAACUUCCCCGCGGCCUUUCGCGCCACCCUACCGCCGCUCGAGCUCUGCUGCCCAGCGCCGACGGCCGCCUCCCACUGAUGAAGAUGAUAUCUUUCCUUUUGGGAUGCGGAGUCUCAGUCUUGGCCGGGGCGAAGUCCAACGUGAAGGUGAACAAGAGACACCGGAUCCCAAUGCCUUUCAGCUACCAGAACCUGGCUCAAUCAAUCUUAGCUUGGAGGAGCCUAGCGCACGUGUCGCUGGAGAUAUAGUGACAGCUCAAAACCGUCAAAACGCCGCCCUCCGGGCCCAGACCGUCUCCGUUCCUGCUGCCGCAUCGACUUCGUCUAACGCGAACCUUUAUCAACCCCGCUUCCCACCGCGAGGUCGGGGUACCUCUAUUGGUCACAAUUCCUUAAGCUCGGCGUCGAGCAGUCUAGCUCGUGGCGCUAACAUUCCGCCUCAUUUAAGUGAGCGUGAUGGAGAUCGGGAUGGCAAUGCAAGUGGUAGCAACAGUGGAAACUCUACUAUGGAAACCAGGCGUAGUUCCUUCCAACGUCCGAGUUCUACCCGUGUGCCUCCGUCUGCAUUCGAAGACGAUGAACCUCUGCUCUUUGCUAUGAGUGACUUUGGUGCCUCCCGUCGUAGCUUGGAAGAAAAUCGACAUGGCAAUCAUGGCGGCGCUGACUCUACUGGUGGCUCCCGGCGUGGCAGUGGCAGACGUGGUGCAGGACUUCCCAACUUCCAUGGCUGGAACUAG